AUGUGUGAUGAUAGAUCCGGAGAACUGAUACCUCCCUCACAAUGUCCACCAGGUCAAAAGUGGUCGGAAUGUGCCAAUCAAUGUGAACGUAGCUGUCACUAUUAUGGAAUGGUCUUGAUUAAACGUGGCCUCUGCAAAGAGGGUGAACUUUGCAAACCCGGCUGUGUGCCGGCUGCGCGCCCUGAAUGUGCUGAGGGUAAAUUUUGGCGUGAUGAAAACACUUGUGUUGAGGCUGAUGCUUGCCCAUGCAUGGACAAAACGGAAAAAUAUGUCCAGCCUCACAUGCCAUUUAUUGGAGAAUGGGAAGUAUGUCAGUGUUUGGAUAAUGCCUAUACUUGCUUGCCCAAUAGAGUUGAGGAAGUUGUUACCGAACCACCAUCAGAGCCAGAACCCGAGGUGGAGGUUGUUACCCUCUUCCCUGUUACAGUUUCACCACCCAAGAAAUGUAAUCCUGAAUUUAUGGUCCCAGUCAUUGAGGCUGAUGAACCCUUGCCAGAUUCUAUAUUCAAGGCCAAUACUUCAUUGGGUCCCAAAUAUGCUCCCGAAAUGGCUCGCCUUACAGAUAGUCCUUCGGAGAAGUCUGGUGCCUGGUCUCCCAUGAUCAAUGAUCAAAAUCAAUAUUUGGAAAUUGAUUUGCCCCAUCCUGAGCCAUUGUAUGGUGUUGUUAUGGCCGGCAGUCCCGACUUCGAUAAUUAUGUUACACUGUUCAAGAUCUUCUACAGUCACGAUGGUGAAGCAUAUCACGCCCUUAACGAUGAAACCGAUAAACCACAAUUAUUCAAUGGCCCUCAAGAUGCCCGUACCCCCGCUAAGACCCUCUUCAAAAUACCCAUUGAGGCGAAAUCUUUGAAAAUCUAUCCCCUCAAAUGGCACAACUCCAUUGCUAUGCGUGUUGAACUUUUGGGUUGCAAUCAUGCCGAAGUUACCACCCUGAAACCACAAACCACCCCCUUCACCGAACAUCCCAUUCAUGCCGAAGAUGAAAUCGAAUGUACCGAUAAGAUGGGUGUAGAAAAUAAUGAAAUGAGUCCAAGACAAGUGAAGGCCAGUACCGUAUGGAGUCUACCCAAACCAGCUAAGAAACCAAGAUUGAUUGAUUUACUGAAACUAUCAUCACCUGUAGGCUGGCGUCCAGCUCUGAAUACACCCAAUGAAUAUAUUGAAUUUGAUUUCUUGGAACCCCGCAACAUUUCUGGUUUCACCACCAAGGGUGGUCCAGAUGGUUGGGUUACUGGCUAUAAGGUUAUGUUCUCGAAGAAUAAACUGAUAUGGAAUAAGGUAUUGGAUGUUGAUGGUCAGCCACGUAUAUUCCCCGGUAAUCAUGAUAAGGAUACCGAACAGACCAAUUAUUUUAAGACCCCAAUUUUGACGCAAUACAUUAAAUUGGUGCCGGCUAAAUAUGAACAGAAUAUUAAUAUGCGUGUUGAGCCAUUGGGUUGUUUCGAGAAAUAUCCCAUUGUCAGCGAAAAUAUUGUGGAACUUGAAACACCCAAACCAAGCAAAUGUUUGGUAUGCGAGGGCAUUGUUGAUGCCUCCACCACCGAUGGUAAUUGCAAGUGCAAGGAUAACCUGUUCUGGGAUGGCAACAAGUGUGUGCCCAGCAAUUUGUGUCCUUGUGUGGAGAACUAUAUACCCUACCCCAUUGGUUCGACCUUUGAGAAUAAACUUUGCGAAGAGUGUACCUGUGUUUUGGGUGGCCAUAGCAGCUGUAAACCCAAGAAGUGUCCGCCAUGCAAGGAACCCGAUCAACGUCCCAUUGUGGGAACUGGCUGCUAUUGCAAGUGUGAACCUUGUCCCAAACAUCAAAAGUUGUGUCCUUCCAGUGGUGAUUGCAUUGCUGAGGCCUUGUGGUGUAAUGGUAUUAAGGAUUGUGCCGAUGAUGAAGAUGCCACCUGUUCGAAUGUCAUACAUGUCAAUAAUAAGCCCAAUGUGACAACAACAGAAACCGAAGUCAUUAGCUGCCCCGUGCCAGAGUGUCCACCCAAAAUGAAGAUGAAAAUCACCGAAAAGAAACAAAGGAAAAUGUCCAGCAUGUUCUCUUCCACUUUCACCAAAAAGGUCACUGUUAAUCGCGAUGAAGAUGGCAAAGUCACCAAGACUAAAGUUAUUACCUCAUCAGAGGAGUUCUUGGAUCGUCCCUCAAAUGAAUUGGAAAUUGUCAAGGAGGAAGAUUGCGCGGAAUUCACCUGUGUUCCCAUUAAAGAAGUUGUCGUACAGAAAAAUGUCACUAAGUCUUGUCCCCCACCUGUAUGCCCUGAGAAAUAUGUUGUUGAAUUGGAUAUGUCUUCGACCAAGCCUGGUGAUUGUCCACCCUAUACAUGUGUCCUCAAGCCCAGCAAAGAUGAUUUCUGUGAAAUUAGUGGCAAAAUGUUCAGAACAUUUGAUGGCACCGAAUUCAAUUAUGAAACAUGCAGUCAUAUUUUGGCCAGAGAUUUGUUGAACUCAUCGUGGGUUAUAUCAGUCCACUUGGAGUGCACGGAUGAAACACGUAAGGUGUGCCGCAAGACCAUAACCAUUAAGGAUACGGUGCGUGGUGCCACAUUGAUCGUGAAGCCUCGCAAACGUUUGAAUUUCAAUGGUUUCGAUUACACAGUACCACAAUUGAUUAACUCCCCAAUUUGUAAGGCAUCAUUUGUCGUCUCACAAGUUGGUGAUACGGUUAUGGUUGUCUCACCCGAACGUGGUUUCUGGGUACGUUACGAUGAUAUUGGCUAUAUUCGAAUUGGUGUUUCUUCGAAAUUCAUCAAAACUGUUGAUGGUCUAUGCGGCUACUAUGAUGGUAAUGGUAGCAAUGAUAAGCGUUCUCCGGAUGGUACGCUAAUGACAAAUACUGCGAAGUUUGGUGACAGCUGGUUUGACAACAAAACACCCAAGGAUCAAUGUUAUCCACAGACAUGUCCAUUGAAAAUGCGUACACAGGCAUUGACAUUGUGUAAUUCCAUUAAGUUUGAUGAAUUCAUCAAUUGCAAAAAAUCCGUUAGCUACAAACCAUUCGCCAGUAAAUGUGUUGAGACAACAUGCGAAUGUCUGCGUGUCCACAAUGGUGAUGUGAAGAAAUGUCGCUGUAAUCUAAUGGAGGAUUAUGUCAAACAAUGUUUGGCUGUUAGUCCCAAUGUGAAAUUGGAUACCUGGAGAGCCAAGCAUCAAUGUGAAAUUGCCUGCCCUGCACCAUUUGUCCAUUCGGAUUGUUAUAAACGCCGCUGUGAGCCAUCGUGUGAUACUUUGAAUACCGACGAUUGCCCCGUCAUUUCGGAUGUUUGCUUUGCCGGUUGUUAUUGUCCUGAGGGUACGGUGCGCAAGGGUGAAACUUGUGUCCCCAUUUCCGAGUGCAAGGAUUGUGUCUGCGAUACAAUUGGUGCUAAGAAAUAUUUCACCUACGAUCGUAAAGAUUUCAAUUUCAAUGGCAAUUGUACUUAUUUGUUGUCGCGAGAUAUUGUCCUGCCCGGUGUUCAUACCUUCCAG